CCGUCCUUCCGAGCGCGCCAGGCGGCAGCUUCUUGGCGGCGGCGGCGCCUCCCCAGUGCCGGCAGCCGCGCUCCGGGCCGCAGAGUCCUCCCGCCUCGGCCAUUUUCCUUCCUCCCCAUCUCCUCCCCUCAGUCCCCUCCCCUCCCUAUCCUCAUCCCCUUGCCCUCCCCCCGCCCGGGGACUUUUCCGGAAAGUUUUUAUUUUCCGUCUCAGCUCUCGGAGAAAGAAGCUCCUGGCUCAGCGGCUGCAAAACUUUUCUGCUGCCGCGCCGCCAGCCCCCGCCCUCCGCUGCCCGGCCCUGCGCCCCGCCGAGCGAUGAGCACCCCUCCGGUCCUACGGCCGCCCAGCCCGCUGCUGCCCGUGGCGGCGGCAGCUGCCGCAGCGGCCGCCGCACUGGUCCCAGGGUCCGGGCCCGGGCCCGCGCCGUUCUUGGCUCCUGUCGCGGCCCCGGUCGGGGGCAUCUCGUUCCAUCUACAGAUCGGCCUGAGCCGUGAGCCAGUGCUGCUGCUGCAGGACUCGUCCGGGGACUACAGCCUGGCGCACGUCCGCGAGAUGGCUUGCUCCAUCGUCGACCAGAAGUUCCCUGAAUGUGGUUUCUAUGGAAUGUAUGAUAAGAUCCUGCUUUUUCGCCAUGACCCUACCUCUGAAAACAUCCUUCAGCUGGUGAAAACGGCCAGUGAUAUCCAGGAAGGCGAUCUUAUUGAAGUGGUCUUGUCAGCUUCCGCCACCUUUGAAGACUUUCAGAUUCGUCCCCACGCCCUUUUUGUUCAUUCAUACAGAGCUCCAGCUUUCUGUGAUCACUGUGGAGAAAUGCUGUGGGGGCUGGUGCGUCAAGGUCUUAAAUGUGAAGGAUGUGGUCUGAAUUACCAUAAGAGAUGUGCAUUUAAAAUACCCAACAAUUGCAGCGGUGUGAGGCGGAGAAGGCUCUCAAAUGUUUCCCUCACUGGGGUCAGCACCAUCCGCACAUCAUCUGCUGAACUCUCUACCAGUGCCCCUGAUGAGCCCCUUCUGCAAAAAUCACCAUCAGAGUCGUUUAUUGGUCGAGAGAAGAGGUCAAAUUCUCAAUCAUACAUUGGACGACCAAUUGAACUUGACAAGAUUUUGAUGUCUAAAGUUAAAGUGCCACACACAUUUGUCAUCCACUCCUACACCCGGCCCACAGUGUGCCAGUACUGCAAGAAGCUUCUGAAGGGGCUUUUCAGGCAGGGCUUGCAGUGCAAAGAUUGCAGAUUCAACUGCCAUAAACGUUGUGCACCAAAAGUACCAAACAACUGCCUUGGCGAAGUGACCAUUAAUGGAGAUUUGCUUAGCCCUGGGGCAGAGUCUGAUGUGGUCAUGGAAGAAGGGAGUGAUGACAAUGAUAGUGAAAGGAACAGUGGGCUCAUGGAUGAUAUGGAAGAAGCAAUGGUCCAAGAUGCAGAGAUGGCAAUGGCAGAGUGCCAGAACGACAGUGGCGAGAUGCAAGAUCCAGACCCAGACCACGAGGACGCCAACAGAACCAUCAGUCCAUCAACAAGCAACAAUAUCCCACUCAUGAGAGUAGUGCAGUCUGUCAAACACACGAAGAGGAAAAGCAGCACAGUCAUGAAAGAAGGAUGGAUGGUCCACUACACCAGCAAGGACACGCUGCGGAAACGGCACUAUUGGAGAUUGGAUAGCAAAUGUAUUACCCUCUUUCAAAAUGACACAGGAAGCAGGUACUACAAGGAAAUUCCUUUAUCUGAAAUUUUAUCUCUGGAACCAGCAAAAACUUCAGCUUUAAUUCCUAAUGGGGCCAAUCCUCAUUGUUUUGAAAUCACUACGGCAAAUGUAGUGUAUUAUGUGGGAGAGAAUGUGGUCAGUCCUUCCAGCCCACCACCAAAUAACAGUGUUCUCACCAGUGGCGUUGGUGCAGAUGUGGCCAGGAUGUGGGAGAUAGCCAUCCAGCAUGCCCUCAUGCCCGUCAUUCCCAAGGGCUCCUCCGUGGGUACAGGAACCAACCUGCACAGAGAUAUCUCUGUGAGUAUUUCAGUAUCAAAUUGCCAGAUUCAAGAAAAUGUGGACAUCAGCACAGUAUAUCAGAUUUUUCCUGAUGAAGUACUGGGUUCUGGACAGUUUGGAAUUGUUUAUGGAGGAAAACAUCGUAAAACAGGAAGAGAUGUAGCUAUUAAAAUCAUUGACAAAUUACGAUUUCCAACAAAACAAGAAAGCCAGCUUCGUAAUGAGGUUGCAAUUCUACAGAACCUUCAUCACCCUGGUGUUGUAAAUUUGGAGUGUAUGUUUGAGACGCCUGAAAGAGUGUUUGUUGUUAUGGAAAAACUCCAUGGAGACAUGCUGGAAAUGAUCUUGUCAAGUGAAAAGGGCAGGUUGCCAGAGCACAUAACGAAGUUUUUAAUUACUCAGAUACUCGUGGCUUUGCGGCACCUUCAUUUUAAAAAUAUCGUUCACUGUGACCUCAAACCAGAAAAUGUGUUGCUAGCAUCAGCUGAUCCUUUUCCUCAGGUGAAACUUUGUGAUUUUGGUUUUGCCCGGAUCAUUGGAGAGAAGUCUUUCCGGAGGUCAGUGGUGGGUACUCCAGCUUACCUGGCUCCUGAAGUCCUAAGGAACAAGGGCUACAAUCGCUCUCUAGACAUGUGGUCUGUUGGGGUCAUCAUCUAUGUAAGCCUAAGCGGCACAUUCCCAUUUAAUGAAGAUGAAGACAUACACGACCAAAUUCAGAAUGCAGCUUUCAUGUAUCCACCAAAUCCCUGGAAGGAAAUCUCUCAUGAAGCCAUUGAUCUUAUCAACAAUUUGAUGCAAGUAAAAAUGAGAAAGCGCUACAGUGUGGAUAAGACCUUGAGCCACCCUUGGCUACAGGACUAUCAGACCUGGUUAGAUUUGCGAGAGCUGGAAUGCAAAAUCGGGGAGCGCUACAUCACCCAUGAAAGCGAUGACCUGAGGUGGGAGCAGUACGCAGGCGAGCAGGGGCUGCAGUACCCCACACACCUGAUCAAUCCAAGUGCUAGCCACAGUGACACUCCUGAGACUGAAGAAACAGAAAUGAAAGCCCUCGGUGAGCGUGUCAGCAUCCUCUGAGUUCCAUCUUCUAUAAUCUGUCAAAACACUGUGGAACUAAUAAAUACAUACGGUCAGGUUUAACAUUUGCCUUGCAGAACUGCCAUUAUUUUCUGUCAGAUGAGAACAAAGCUGUUAAACUGUUAGCACUGUUGAUGUAUCUGAGUUGCCAAGACAAAUCAACAGAAGCAUUUGUAUUUUGUGUGACCAACUGUGUUGUAUUAACAAAAGUUCCCUGAAACACGAAACUUGUUAUUGUGAAUGAUUCAUGUUAUAUUUAAUGCAUUAAACCUGUCUCCACUGUGCCUUUGCAGAUCAGUGUUUUUCUUACUGGAGCUUCAUUUUGGUAAGAGACAGAACGUAUCCGUGAAGUAGUUCUGUUUGGUGUGUUCCAUUGGUGUUGUCAUUGUAAACAAACUCUUGAAGAGUCGAUUAUUUCCAGUGUUCUAUGAACAACUCCAAAACUCAUGUGGAAAAAAAAAUGAAUGAGAAGGGUAGGGAAUAAAAUCCUAAGACACAAAUGCAUGAACAAGUUUUAAUGUAUAGUUUUGAAUCCUUUGCCUGCCUGGUGUGCCUCAGUAUAUUUAAACUCAAGACAACGCACCUAGCUGUGCAAGACCUAGUGCUCUUAAGCCUAAAUGCCUUAGAAAUGUAAACUGCCAUAUAUAACAGAUACAUUUCCCUCUUUCUUAUAAUACUCUGUUGUACUAUGGAAAAUCAGCUGCUCAGCAACCUUUCACCUUUGUGUAUUUUUCAAUAAUAAAAAAAUAUUCUUGUCAAAA